AUGGUGGAGAAGAAUUUUUUGGAAUCGAAGAGUGUUAAGGAUGGAUCGAAGAUUGUUUUAAGAGCUGCAGUCCGAGAGGUUAUCAAAUCGGGAUAUGGCAAGGAGAAUGCAAAUCCAAACUUCAUCAAAUCAGAAUUAAAAGUCAUGGAUAAUGUGAUUCACAACGGGUUCAAUUCCAAUCAGAUGAGAGAGUCGAUCCCUGUGAAGUCAAUUUUGCCGUCUUUUUCUUCCUCAAUCCCUGAAGUAGUGGUUUCUUCUUCUUGUGUUAAUGGUAAUGAUAAAGUCAUGAAUGAGGGUUCGAAUGAUGGCAAUAAAUUGAAUGGUGAUCCAGAUUUGGUGUUGAAAGCGAAACAGGGGAGUAACUUCCUGGACUUAAAAUGUGAUAAUGAUCCAAUGAUUGUUGAAGGUAAUCCAAAAUCUAAAAUUUCUCCAGCUACUACAAUUGUUAAUGAGAUAAACAGGAAAACUUAUGCGAGAAUUGUUGAGAAUUCAAGUUCUGUGGUGGAUCUCAACAUUAAAUUUAUCCCUAAAACAGAUGGAAAACCUGUUGGUAAAGUUGAAUUACCAUAUGCGGACUUAAUUCUUGGAGGAGCUCCUUACCAUGCCACUCUUUAUGGUUUCUCUGUGGGGAAGAAGCUUGCAUUCCCCACUAUGAAGUACUUCACCUUCAAGAUGUGGUAA